UACUAGGAUUGGUCUAUCGGAGGGAUUAGGAAGUGGCGUUCAAGCGGCAGUUUAGCUAGCUGUGUUGUAUGAUAAAACUCUGCGAACUAUAUAACAGCACAUCGUUGCUGUUUAUCAGCAGGUUUCAAAGACUAGGAAAGCGUACAGUUACCUAGCUAACGAAAUAUUUAUCUCAAAGCAUAUCGAAGCUAGGUCUUUUGUUUAGCUAACAUGCUAGCUAGCCAGCUAAAUAUCUUGCAUGUCAGCAGUAAAAAAGAAUGAGCUAGCUAUUAUUAUUAUUUUUAAACACCUCCCUGUCGAUUGUUAUUUUAGCCAGUGUACCUACCCUAUGCUGCUAUCAAAUAUUUCAUUCGUGGGCUUUGUCCUCAUGAACGUUAGUUAGCAGCGUAUGCAAGAGAAGAAUAAUCCUUGAAGUGGAUGAUUAACAUUAGCCACAGAGCUAACUUCUUUAACUACAGUAGCUAGCUAGCAGUCGUUAGUUUGUAAUCUAAAUGGAUUUUAAAGGGUCAUUCAAGACUUCGAGGAUGGUUUUGUCCUUGGUCAUUCUCCUUAUAGUUUUCUCACACGGAACAGCAGCUGAUGAAGAGCUACAGGGGAAUCAUGAUCAUGCUCCUGAAUUGAAGUCUUACCAUGACCCAAACUCUGAGGAGGAAGAGGUCCCAGUAGGCUCCAGGAUUGUAGCAGGAAUGGUGACUUCCCCCAGGGAGGCACCGCAGCGCGAGAGGGAGAGAAGACCCGACGGUGGGGUCCAGGAGGAUGGGCUGGAGGGGGAAGAGAAGGAGGACUUGCCCACCCAACCUCCUCCUGUUGAGCAAAGGCCCAAAGAGGUUCCUGUGGUGAAUGGGGGCACAGCCAAUGGGGAGCCCUGUCUGUUCCCCUUUCUCUUCCUGGGGAAGGAGUACUCGGACUGUACCACCGAUGGACGGGGGGACGAACGGCUGUGGUGCGCCGCCACCUACGACUACGACAGGGACAAGAGAUGGGGCUUCUGUGAGACGGAGGAGCAGGCUGAGCAAAGGCAUCUAGCGGAGGAGGCCGAAAAGGAGUACCAGACAGCCCUCCGCAUGAUUAACGGAACCAACCGGAAGAGCCAGAAGAAAGAGUUGUAUGAAAAGCUAUUGAAGGUGGCGUGGAAAGGCCACCACAAGGCCAUGGAGAAGGUGGCCUACGCCAUGCUGUUUGGAGACUACAUGACCCAGGACAUCCCCAAGGCCAAGGAGCUAUUUGAGAAGCUGGCCCUGGAGGGCUCCCCCAAAGCUCAGAUGGCACUUGGUUUCUUGUACGCUGCCGGGUUAGGCGUGAACUCCAGUCAAGCAAAGGCGUUGGUUUACUACACCUUCGGGGCUUUGGGCGGAAACCUGGUGGCUCAUAUGAUUCUGGGAUACCGAUACUGGGGUGGUGUGGGUGUGCCCCAGAGCUGCGAAUCGGCACUGACGCACUACAGACUGGUGGCCAAUCAUGUGGCCAGUGAUGUGUCCCUGACGGGAGGCAGUGCGGUGCAGAGGGUGCGUCUGCUGGACGAGGUGGAGAACCCGGGCUCUACCAGCGGCAUGCUGGAGGAAGACCUGAUCCAGUACUACCAGUUCCUUGCUGAGAAGGGAGACGUCCAGGCCCAGGUUGGACUGGGCCAGCUGCAUCUGCACGGUGGUCGGGGGGUGGAGCAGAACCACCAGCGGGCCUAUGAUUACUUCAACCAGGCAGCGAAUGCCGGGAACACACACGCCAUGGCCUUCCUUGGGAAGAUGUACUCGGAUGGCAGUGAGUACUUGUCUCAGAACAAUGAGACGGCCCUGCAGUACUUCAAGAAGGCCUCUGACCUGGGUAACCCUGUUGGACAGAGUGGACUGGGCAUGGCGUACCUGUACGGGAGGGGCGUGCCAGUGAAUUACGAGUUGGCGCUGAAAUACUUCCAGAAGGCAGCGGAGCAGGGCUGGGUAGACGGACAGCUUCAGCUGGGUACCAUGUACUACAAUGGCAUCGGGGUGAAGCGUGACUACAAGCAGGCCCUCAAGUUUUUCAACCUGGCCUCGCAGGCGGGCCACAUCCUGGCAUUCUACAACCUGGGCCAGAUGCACGCCACGGGCACCGGCGUUAUGCGUUCCUGCCACACCGCCGUGGAGCUCUUCAAGAAUGUGUGUGAGCGUGGGCGCUGGUCGGAGAGGCUUAUGGCAGCCUACGGCAGCUUCAAGGACGGCGACAUGGAUGGGUCGCUGGUGCAGUACCUGCUGCUGGCCGAGCAGGGCUAUGAAGUGGCCCAGAGCAACGUAGCCUUCAUCCUUGACCAGACAGAGGAGGCGCGGAUCUUCAGUGAGAACGAGACGUACCCUCGAGCCCUCCUCCAUUGGACCAGAGCAGCAGCACAGGGUUAUACAGUGGCUAGAAUAAAGCUCGGGGACUACCACUUCUACGGUUACGGCACUAACGUGGACUACGAGACUGCUGUCAUCCACUAUAGGCUGGCCUCGGAGCAGCAGCACAGUGCUCAGGCCAUGUUCAACCUGGGCUACAUGCAUGAGAAAGGCCUGGGCAUCAAACAGGACAUCCACUUGGCCAAGCGUUUCUAUGACAUGGCUGCCGAGGCCAGUCCCGACGCCCAGGUGCCCGUCUUCCUGGCUCUGUGUAAACUGGGCCUGGUCUACACCCUGCAGUACAUGCACGACCUCAACAUGACUGAGCUGGUCAGUCAGGUGGACCUUGACCAGCUCCUGGGCCCCGAGUGGGACCUCUACCUCAUGACGGUCAUCGCCCUGCUACUGGGCACAGUCAUCGCUUACCGCCAGAGACAGCACCAGGCCGUGCCCCCGCGGCCCCCUCCUCCCCCGGCCCCAGCCAGGCCCCUCCAGGAGCAGCCCCAGCCCCAACCCGAGGACCAGGUUCAGCCCGAGGUCCCGCCCCAGGCCGAAGAGGAGCAGCAGUGAGAGAUGGAGAGGGGAGAGGGGGUGGCAAAGGCUGACUAACUAGCUCAGAUCUUGGGCACCACCACCUUCUCUCCCCUAACUCCUGCAUGCUGACCACAGACUAUGUAGGCUACUGAACAGGCCAGACUAGGGCUAAUUAACUCUCCGUUAAUGAGCCCUAAUUAAGUAUCCGGGGGUGGGGGGGGGGAGAGUUCACUUCUAGGAGCUAGCCACGUGGGCUGCCAGAUUGGGGCAAUCAAGCAAUCUUCUUAAAGGGAUAGUUCGGGAUUUUGGCAAUGAAGCCCUUUAUCUACUUCCCCAGAGUCAGAUGAACUUGUGGAUACCAUUUUUAUGACUCAGCGUUCAGUUUGAAGGAAGUUGGUAACUAACGUUAGCGCAAUUGCUACUAGCAUUAGUGCAAUGACUGGAAGUCGAUGGGAACAUCUAAUAUGCUAGCUGUUCCUGUAGACUUCCAAUUAUAGCACUAACGCUAGUUAGCAUUGGCUCACAAAAUUACCUCUUACUUCCUGCAUACUGGGCGCAGAGACAUAAAAAUGGUGUC